GCCUCGGGGAGUACAGCUUUCUGGGAGAGCCUAUUACAUCAGAACAAACUAUUGACCAAAGACAAACUAGAAACAUUGGAGUUGUCAGCUCUAGCAGACCUAAACAACAAAGCAUCGGACAACAAAAGAAUUCUGACAUGCCACACCCACCCCAAGAAGCGACACAAGAGUCGACUCAAGCACGAGAGUUCUCUUUAGAAAUAGUUUCUGUUGGUUCAAGUGCAACAACUGUUCCCAUACCGUCCACAACAGCUUCUACAACACUACACACAGGGCCGUACUCAGGUACAGAACCCCUUCCACCAGUUGACGGCCUCACAACAAACCCCAUCCCCUCACAGAUAAACUCGGCGCGCCAGACUAUAGUGAGAGACUGGACUUCCUCCCUGGCUGUGACGAAGCACAACAACCUUCUGUCUAGUCUAAUACACUCAACAAUCAACGCUAGACAAAACAACAUCGACCAAUCCGUCACGAUCACAUUUGCUAUUUCAUUGCUUGGACCCUCUUUAAUCACCACCACCGAUGCUGUUAACAAGCUUAAAUCUGUCGUUUCAUCUUUUUUUACAUCAAUGUCUGCAUCACACGAAAUUACCCCAAAGAGUGUGCUUGAUGCAUCAUCUAUACCUGAACAGAGCAGUGUAGUGGAAUCUGGGCCAGUUCUACCCUUGACACCGGGACUGUCCAGUCUGACGAGGUCGCCUGCCCCUGGUACGAUUGGAUCGGCAGCUUCCGGGGUGAAUGGGCCGCCUGCUUCCGGGGUGAAUGGGCCGCCUGCUUCCGGGGUGAAUGGGCCGCCUGCUUCCGGGGUGAAUGGACCGUCUGCUUCCGGGGUGAUUGGACCGUCUGCUUCCGGGGUGAUUGGACCGUCUGCUUCCGGGGUGAAUGGACCGUCUGCUUCCGGGGUGAAUGGACCGUCUGCUUCCGGGGUGAUUGGACCGUCUGCUUCCGAAGUGAAUGGGCCGCCUGCUUCUGGGGUGAUUGGACCGUCUGCUUCAAGUGGUGUUAUUUGGUCGUCAGCUACCAUUGUGCUUGGGUCGUCUGCAUCUGUUGGGCUGGCAGCUUUCGGGCUGAUUGGGUCGUUUGCUACCGUGAUUGGGCCAGCUGCCUCUGGUGUACUUGGGUCGUCUACUUCGGGUAUGAUUAGGUCGUCUGCAUCUGAGGUGAUUGGGUCGUCUGCCUCGGGUGUGACAGGGUCGUUUGCUUCAGGUGAGAUUGGGUUUUCUGCUUCACGUGAGACAAGAUUUUCUGCUUCGGGUGAGAUUGGGUCGUCUGCUUUACGUGAGAUUGAGUCGUCUGCUUUAGGUGAGAUUGAGUCGUCUGCUGCAGGUGAGCCAAGGUUUUCUGCUUCAGCUGAGAUUGAGUCGUCUGCUUCAGGUGAGAUUGAGCCGUUUGCUUCAGGUAAGAUUGGCUCGUUUGCUUCAGGUGAGAAUGGGUUUUCUGCUUCAGGUGAGAUUGAGUCGUCUGCUUUACUUGAGAUUGGGUCGUUUGCUUCAGGUGAGAUUGGGUUUUCUGCUUCAGGUGAGAUUAGGUCGUCUGCUUUACGUGAGAUUGAGUCGUCUGCUGCAGGUGAGCCAAGGUUUUCUGCUUCAGCUGAGAUUGAGUCGUCUGCUUCAGGUGAGAUUGAGCCGUUUGCUUCAGGUAAGAUUGGCUCGUUUGCUUCAGGUGAGAAUGGGUUUUCUGCUUCAGCUGAGAUUGGGUCGUCUGCUUUACGUGAGAUUGGGUCGUCUGCUUCACGUGAGAUUGAGUCGUCUGCUUCAGGCGAGACAAGGUUUUCUGCUUCAGGUGAGAUUGAGUCGUCUGCUUUAGGUGAGAUUGAGUCGUCUGCUUUAGGUGAGACAAGGUUUUCUGCUUCAGGUGAGAUUGAGUCGUCUGCUUCAGGUGAGAUUGGGUCGUCUGCUUCACGUGAGAUUGAGUCGUCUGCUUUAGGUGAGACAAGGUUUUCUGCUUCAGGUGAGAUUGAGUCGUCUGCUUCACGUGAGAUUGGGUCGUCUGCUUCAGGUGAGAUUGAGUCGUCUGCUUCAGGUGAGAUUGGGUUUUCUGCUUCACGUGAGAUUAGGUUUUCUGCUUUAGGUGAGACUUGGUUUUCUGCUUCAAGUGAGAUUGAGUCAUCUGCGUCAGGUGAGACUGGGUUGUCUGCUUCAGGUGAGUCUGGGUGGUCUGCUUCAGGUGAGAUUGGGUCGUCUGCUUCUGUUGAGAUUGGGUCGUCCUAUUCUGGUCCUGUCUUCUCACAAUUUGACUCUGAUGCAACAGAAGAAUCAACAAAUGUCAGUCGUAUUGAGCCCAGCCUUUCUUCAACAAGCCAUGCUGCUGCAGCGUUCACCAGGAACACGUCACAUUCCGUAACCCCAUUCGCGGUUCUCAUACAAAGACCUUUCAAUACUUCAUCCGGUUCAUCAAAACUGGUCUCACUUUCAAUGGACAUGCCUACUUCUUCCACACAAGAAUCGGUGACAGUAGCAGCAACCGGAUUACCCGAAACUGUUCAAGUUCCAAUGGCAACUCCGAGUUCCAAACAAGAAUCAGUGACAGUAGCAACGACCGGAUUACCCGAACCUGUUCAAGUUCCAAUGGUAACUCCGAGUUCCAAACAAGAAUCAGUGUCAGUAGCAACGACCGGAUUAUCCGAACCUGUUCCAGUUCCAAUGGUAACUCCGAGUUCCAAACAAGAAUCAGUGUCAGUAGCAACGACCGGAUUACCCGAACCUGUUCCAGUUCCAAUGGCAACUCCGAGUUCCAAACAAGAACCAGUGUCAGUAGCAACAACCGGAUUACCCGAACCUAUUCCAGUUCCAAUGGCAACUCCGACUUCCAAACGUGGUUCAGUGUCAGUAGCAACAACCGGAUUAUCCGAACCUGUUCCAGUUCCAAUGGCAACUCCGAGUUCCAAACAAGAAUCAGUGUCAGUAGCAAAAACCGGAUUACCCGAACCUGUUCAAGUUCCAAUGGCAACUCCGAGUUCCAAACAAGAAUCAGUGUCAGUAGCAACAACCGGAUUAUCCGAACCUGUUCCAGUUCCAAUGGCAACUCCGAGUUCCAAACAAGAAUCAGUGUCAGUAGCAAAAACCGGAUUACCCGAACCUGUUCAAGUUCCAAUGGCAACUCCGAGUUCCAAACAAGAAUCAGUGUCAGAAGCAACAACCACUUCUGUUGAUAAUUGGACAGACAUCUCUAAAUCUACAGGACCAAUUUUAGACACUUUGUCCCUUCGGGACCCGUUUAUGACAAUUUCGGUAACCGUGGCAACAACUAGUUCUGUUGUCGUGGCAACUUCUGCUGUCGUUUUAGAUGGUUUGGUUGUACUGCCAAAGGAUGUCUCUACAUCGACUGUGUCAACUCCAAGAGACAAGGGUCGUGUGCAAAACAAAGUUCCGGAAACACUGGAGGCGGGGUAUCGCGUUGUGUCUAGUGUGUCCGAUGAAACCAACAACAUCGAAACCUUCGCCUUCAGAAGAGUAACGAAUAUUGCUGACGUUACCAUGACAACCAUGUUUCCGGCAACUACCAACAUUAAUUGUGCUCGUGUAUGCGCCGUCGGGCAAUAUGAAUGUGAUAUUGUCGUGUUCAAGGAUAGAGUAUGUAAGCUGUAUUACCUGUAGGGGUGUUGUCAGGUACAGUGAGAGAAUGAGAACAUAAGGCUAAGCUAAUAUCCCAUUUCAAUCAUGUUUGAACGUAUGGUGCAACUUCAGCAGUGACAUUUCGCGCCCUCAUCUUCAAAGGAUACCCUUACUGUAAGGAAAUCCCGUACUGUAUUUAACAUAUUUUCUUCUUCUAAACUACAGACGCUAUCAGUAUCGGGUUCCCUGGCUACAGCAGUGUUGACAGUGUUUUUUUGUAAAAGAAAUCUAAAUUACCAUAAGCUUCACAUUUUAGGGAAGAACUCCGAGUUCCAAACAUGGUUCGUUGUCAGUAGCAACAACCACUUCUGUUGAUGAUUGGACAGAGAUCCCUAUAUCUACAGGACAAAUUUUAGACAUAUUGUCCCUUACGGGUCCGUUUAUGUGUUUCCAACUGUUUUCAUAUUUAGACGAAUACGGUCUUCGAGCAACAAUAUUUGACAAUUAACCU